ACGCGCGAACGCAGACACGCGCGCGCGUAAACACAGGACACGGAGCCGAGAGGAGCGAGGACAGACACAGAGGAGUGCGAGUAGCAGGUGAGCUGUUGCUGGUGCUGCUGUUACCUGCCGCUACCUUUAACUCUUUGUCUGGCUAAAUUAUUCCCGUGUUUCCCGACCCGCUGCGUGGAAGAUACCCACCGACGCGCUCUCGAGGACACAAAGAGGAAGCGAGUGAGAGAGUAGAGUCGGUCGGUAGUUGUAGGAAAGCUAAUGUCGUUGAGUAAAAACGACUCGAAGAGAUUGUUAGCUCGCCAGUCGGCUUGUUACUACGGACAAGCUACAGCCAGUGAGCAUUAAAGGCAGAACCCGGGUAUAUUAGUAGUUGUUAGGUGUAUGCGGUGUGCUGCAGGUGCUUUUUUUUUCUUAAAGAGUAGGUGGCAUGCAGGUAGCGACGGGGAGCGGGAUGGUCCAGUGCCCCGUUUUCUGUUGAUGCUCGCUAUCCUUCAGGCUGACCGAAAGUGAACAUGAAGGACACCGGAGAGUCAAAGGACCACCAGCUAACUGUUGCCUUGAGAAUCCGACCCCUCAGCGAUGCUGAGCAGGAGGAGGGGGCUACAAUCGUGGCCCACAGAGUGGACGACCAGAUGGUGGUUCUGAUGGACCCCAUGGAGGACCCAGACGACAUCUUGCGUGCCAAUCGCUCGAGGGAGAAGACUUACAUGUUUGAUGUAGCAUUUGACUUCUCCGCUAGUCAGGAGGAAGUGUACCGGGCAACAACAAAAGGCCUAAUUGAGGGCCUUAUAUCAGGCUACAAUGCCACUGUGUUUGCCUAUGGACCCACAGGUUGUGGAAAGACAUACACCAUGUUAGGAACUGACAAGGAGCCAGGCAUCUAUGUUCGAACUCUGAAUGACCUGUUCCGUGCCAUUGAGGAGACCAGUGAUGACAUGCUGUACAGUGUGUCCAUGUCCUAUCUGGAAAUCUACAAUGAGAUGAUCCGUGACCUGCUGAAUCCAUCCUCAGGCUUCUUAGACCUAAGAGAAGAUUCUAAGGGAGUUAUUCAGGUUGCUGGAAUCACAGAGGUGUCCACCAUCAAUGCUCAAGAGAUCAUGGAGCUCCUCAUGAAGGGCAACAAACAGCGCACCCAGGAGCCAACAGCCGCCAAUCAGACGUCAUCUCGCUCCCACGCUGUGCUACAAGUAGCUGUCAAACAGCAGAGCCGCUGUCGUGACGUUCUGCAGGAGGUCCGCUUUGCACGCCUCUUCAUGAUUGACCUCGCCGGCUCCGAACGAGCAGCACAGACUCAAAAUAGAGGUCAGCGUUUGAAGGAAGGGGCCCACAUCAACCGUUCCCUCCUGGCUUUGGGCAACUGCAUUAACGCCCUGAGUGACAAAAAUGGUAACAAGUAUGUCAACUAUCGAGACAGCAAGUUGACUCGUCUCCUGAAGGACUCCUUGGGCGGAAACAGCCGAACGGUCAUGAUAGCCCAUAUUAGCCCUGCCUCUGUAGCUUUUGAGGAGUCUCGUAACACGCUGACAUAUGCAGACCGUGCCAAAAGUAUUCGAACACGGGUGAAGAAGAACAUGAUAAAUGUGUCAUACCACAUUGCUCAGUACACCAAUAUCAUCUCAGACCUGCGCUGCGAGAUCGAGAGGUUGAAAAAGAAGAUUGCCGAACAGGCGAGUCGACAGCUCAAUUCUGACCGAGCUGACAUCCGCAAUGUUCAGGAGGUCCAGGCCCACUCCAGCCAGCAGAGUCGAGAGGAGAUGGAUCUGUUGAGGGAGCAGCUUCUGGAUGCCUUCCGCCAACAGAUGCAGAUCAGGAAGAGCCUGAUGGAGCUGGAAAACAACAACAUGGAGAUCCAGAUUGCCACCUCUAACAAUCUUUUAACUAUUACAGACUGGGAACAGGAGCGCAGCAGGCGCAGGAGAAAGUGGCGUGCAGAGAGGAGGAAGGAAAGUGUCAAUAAGGAUGAAAGCGAGAAGGACUCUGAUUCCUCAGAGUCUCCUCCAGACACCACGGAGACUCAGGAGGUGGCAAUAGCUCGAGAAAAUCUGGUUGCACUCAUGGCUGAACAGAAAAAGAUUCACAAGGAGAAGGCGUUGCUUGAGCGUAGGUUUCUGGAGCUUCGGGAUCAGGCCCGGCGCUUGGAGGAGCUGCUGCCGCGGCGGGUUAGCUCAGAGGAGCAACGCGAGGUCCUAGGACUUCUCUGUAAGGUCCACGAGCUGGAGAUUGAGAACGCAGAGAUGCAGUCCCACGCUCUGCUCAAAGACAACGUGAUCCGACAGAAAAACUUUGUGGUGCAGCGUUUUGAACAGCACAGACACCUGUGCGACGAAAUUAUUCAGCAGCAGAGACAGUUCAUUGAUGACCACAGUCUGCCCGUACCUCCACACCUUCAGGACCUGUAUGAUAUGUACAUGAAGGAACUAGAUGAUAGGAAACUGGAGAAAGCAAUUGGCCUAGAAAAGGUGACAAUCAGGCAGACCAUCAAGGAGGUCUCGCUACCUAAAAUCGCCUUACCUUCUCGCGGUCGUGACAACAUGCAGGACAUAGAUUCAGACCAGGAGAGCAUACGUAACAUGUGCUCAGAUAACAGGCGAGGUCAAGCCAAAAUACGCAGACAUACCCUGCCUCCCAUUCUGCCUGAACCUGAUCUGGACAAUAACAGAGUUUUCAAGAGCAGCCCUCAUGCCAGGCAAAUGAAAAAUUCAGCAGUAAUGACCCCACCUCCUAUCCACAUAAAUGGGAAGGGCAACAGAGAGCUGCAGCCUCUGGCUCCUGAGAGCUUUCUGAGUUACAGCCAUCUCAGCCACAGUGUCAGCAGCCACCUGGACUCAUCACCUGAGAGCAGCGAGGCAGGGGCCGAUAUCCCCCUCUCAAUAAAUGAACGGCAGCAGAUUUUAAAGGGGGUCCAGAACAUUGCAGUAAAAGCAGCACGUCGGCGCUCCAAAGCACUCGAGGUGGAUGUCUUGCGGUUACCUUCUGCACCAUCUCCCCUGGACCCCAAGAAGCAGAAGAGCAGCCUUUCUUUAAGCGAAGCUCCCCCUAGAGGUUUGCCAAUGAGGCGCGUCAGGCAGCCCAGCCCCGAGCUGAGACACGCCACUUCAGACGAUAACCUGUCCAGCAGCACCGGGGAGGGACCUGGUUUGCAUGUGACCUGGACACGCCCACGUAACCGACAGGUGCUCAACAAGAACCAAACGCCUCGCGAGGCAGACUUAGAAGGCCGUCGCAAAAAGAGACGCUCACGCUCUUUCGAGGUCACAGGUCAAGCGGUACCUCAAACCAAGACGAGCACAGCUCAGAGGUUUCGCCCUCUGGACAGCACAUCAGACCCUCAUCUCCACAUUAAUGUUCAACCCCAGGCCCCUAUGCUACGCCCCCAGUACCGAGGGGUCCCUCCUCUCGCCAAAGUCAGGCCUCCCCACAGCAGCCAGCAAACAGGCUCAAAUGCUGAGUCCUCUACAACCAAUAUGAAUAACCUGAAGCGAGCACCCCAACUACGGCAGCCCCAGCCCCUCCUCUACAUAACAAACACAGGCGCGGGCGCCCAGCGUAUACGCAGACACUGAGCUUACACUGGCCGCG